CGUCACGGCCCCCGCUCAACACGACUCUCUAGCAGCCGCUGCAAGCGUCGCGCCGUUCGAGGCUGUUGAAAGCGUAGUGCAGCGCGCAGGCAGCCGGCCGUGCACUCCUCGCGUCGUCGCGGCGGGCGCGGGCCCGCGUCGCACGCUCGCCCGGCGAUGAGUGUGGCCCUGGCAAGCAUGGACUCGGCUUACGGAUUGAGCAGACUCGCCCUGAGCGGCAUCAGCGUGCACCAGCACCUGCUGCACUUGCAGCAGCAGCAGCAGCAGCAGCAGCACCACCACCACCACCUCCACCACCACCUCCGCCAGCUGCCCGACGCCUCGUGCCCCGCGACCUCGCCGUCGGGCGCCUCGGCGGCGGCAGCGCUGCGCUUCAGCGUGGUCAACAUUCUCAGGCCGGACUUCGGCCGGGAGGCCAUCGCCGCGCGGCCGGCCGAGGCCUCGAGCGCCGCGAGCAAGAGGACCCCCAUCCGAGUGACAGCGCUGCCGGCGCACAGCCCCCUGGCGCUGGCCCGCGACCUGAGCGCCCUGAGCAGCCGCCACUCGCAGUCGCCGCGGCCGCGGCCCAGCCAGUCGCCGCUCGAGCUCGCCCCGAGCUCGGCCUCCACCCUCAGCCGCAGCGCCAGCCUCGAGAGCCUCGCCAGCAGCCGGAGCUCGGUGGCCGGCAGCUCGGUCAACUCGCCGGCGGCCUCCAGCGUCGGCGCCGAGUCCCUCGGUGCCGAGUCCAGCGCCGGCCAGCAGAGCCUCUGGCCCGCCUGGAUCUACUGCACCAGAUACUCCGACAGGCCCUCUUCGGGACCGCGCUCGAGGCGAGUGAAGCGCUCGCAGAAGAUCAAGACGCCGUCGGUGCCGGACGAGAAGCGGCCUCGCACGGCGUUCAGCGCCGAGCAGCUGGCCAAGCUGCGCGACGAGUUCGCCAAGAACAAGUACCUGAACGAGGAGCGCCGGCAGAAGCUGUCCAAGGACCUCGGCCUGAACGAGCAGCAGAUCAAGAUCUGGUUCCAGAACAAGCGCGCCAAGAUCAAGAAGGCCACCGGCCAGAAGAACCCGCUCGCGCUGCAGCUGAUGGCCCAGGGGCUGUACAACCACUCCACGGUGCCCGUCGACGAGGACGCCGAGGAGGGCCUGUCCAGGUAGGCUGCCGCCGGCCGCGCAGCCUGCGACUAGUUGGCACCGUGCUUCCCCUCUCGCGCGUCCUCGGGUCGGCGUGUUCUCGUCCGCCUCGUCGCAAGACUGUCCUGGCUGUAGACUGCAAUAGACUGUACUGCCUCGCUUCAGGCUCCUUAGUUCUUAAACUUGUAUGUAUCUCGCUAUUCCGUAUUUGAUGUAUGCAUCCGCGUGCUCAGCCAGAGAUUAUUAUUAUUUAUUUCGAUGUAUAUAGACUGUAUAUAGCCCCUGAUGGUAUCUUGUUUGUCCAUAUGUAUAUGUGUAAAUGCGAUACAGCUGCCCUCGCAGUUGACAUCCAUUGCGUACAAAGAUUAUCUAAAUAAUUAUCAUUAUGCAGUAGGCUCGAUACUCGAUCGCAUGCGUCCUUUCUAUCGUUCUCGCUUGCAGAUUUUCAACCGUAGGACUUGCGUUUCGUUGUAUUGUGCGUCGCAGACAAUUGAAUCGAUGUAAUGAGUAUAUCGUACAGAGCUUCCGUUUAUGCACUAAUCAUGUCUAAAUAACAAAGCCCAGUGAGUUAGAUUCCCAGUUAGUUCGCGCUUCGCAUCGCAAAUCAACGUCAUCACACCGUCGUCUAUCGCCAUAACGUUGUGUACGAAAUGAUCUCAUUGAACAUGUGUAUGCGUGUAUAUAUAUAUAUUUACCUGUUACGUAUAUGACAUUGUCUCGGCCACGCUCGAAUCUCUUGUAGAGAACAGUGUAACGAACUUAUACAUCUUUCUAAUCGUCCUAAGCUGAUAUUUAUUAGCGAUUA